CGCGUCCCCCGCCCGGCGCGCGAUGCCGCUGGGCCCGGGCACCUCGGCCGCGGUCAGCCCCACAGCAAGACCUUGAGUGAGCCUCUUCUGACAGCUAGUGGCCACUGCUUCCAGCCUGUGUCUCCUGCCCAGCCUGUCCCUGUGCCACCUUUCAGCAGGGAGCGCAGGAUGAAGGAAGGCAUGUCUAACAACAGCACCACCAGCAUCUCCCAGGCCAGGAAAGCCGUGGAGCAGCUGAAGAUGGAAGCCUGCAUGGACAGGGUGAAGGUCUCCCAGGCCGCCGCGGACCUCCUGGCCUACUGUGAAGCCCACGUUCGGGAGGACCCCCUCCUCAUCCCAGUGCCUGCAUCAGAAAACCCUUUCCGGGAGAAGAAGUUCUUUUGCACCAUUCUCUAAUGCCCGUAGUGAUGAAGUACAUCCUUUCCUGUUGUAAAAGAAAAUUCCUUGUAGGGACUGCAUGCAGGCUGUGGAGAGCCAUCCUCACCGCUUCCAUACCUGAUCAACUAACCAUGGCCUGGGCUCGUCCUAUUUGAUCAUGUUUUCCUCAUGACAUUCAAUUUCUUCUCCUGUUCUGUUUUCAUUUUUGUGACCUUCAUCCAUAGGGAAAGAAACAAACAUUUCUAUGGCCAAAUUACAAAUGUUCCAUGUAAAAUUAUGGAUUUACAGGUUUAUAAUUUUGAAAGAUCAAUUCCCAAGCUUACAGAAAUAAAAACAAAAAACUUGUGCCCAAGUGUCCUCCCAUGUACAAUAAUUCAGGAUGAAAUGAGAGCAGCUCAACUAAAAGAAAUGUGCAGGGGAGGCUUCUGUCUCCUGCCUGGGCUUCACCACACGGGGCUGGAAUGACGUCUUCAUGAGUGUCUUCAGGGCAGUUUGGCCCAGCUCUGUAGACAGCCAUUGUCUCAAUUGCUUAUUACUGACUUUUCUGGAGCUGGUGCUCCUCGGAAAGGGCACAUGGGAUAGACACUGGGCAGACUUGACUGUAGAUGUUCACGGAUUCCAAAUGCCCCUCUCCCUGCCUGCUGGCUCCUACUUGGUAUUCUAAUGGAGGGCAUCGUGCCGCCUUCUGGGGCCCCAACAGGGUUAGUCCCUGUGUUGCAAGAGUGAAUUAGAGCGGUUUAUAGUGCCAUCCACUGAGUGAGCAUUGAUGGAGUUGACAUGUUUGACCCUCUAACAAUCAACACUGUGAGCGACAGUCUGUUUUAGAGAACUGGAGGCACAGCAUGGUGAUGUCAUCCAUCCAAGGCUACAGACAGGAAGUGGGCAAACCAGGAUUUCCAUGCAGGUGGGCCAGCCCCAGAGACCUCCCUGCACCCCUAGACUGUGACACCUGCCAGGUGAGCAUGUUUGCAGGUGCUCGGGCACAAUGCUAACUGCACAUCAGGAAGCAAAUACAUGUGCUGCAACGGUUGCACACCUGUCUCCCACCUUUGCCCAGGUUCCAGCUUUUGUGGAAUGUGAUCUGUAGAUGCCUGGAGGAAGACUAGACAGCAUUUCGUCCUGGAGUUUGCCAAGACGUUCCUGUAGGUCAUGACCAGAGCACACUCACACCCUUCUGAUGGAGAGGGCAGACCACAGCUGUGGCUUGGCCUGUUGUGUAUAUUUGGAAACUGCCACUUCUCUGGCUCCAGAAGAGUCUUUCUGUCUGCGGCAGGGCAAGCCAUGGUGUGUCUGAGCUGUUCUAGCCUGCCAGUUGGAGACAAUGUUAAUUACUUCUCCUGCUUUUCUGUCUGGGAGGAACUCAAGGAGGCUCUGAUUAUCACUUAAAUCCAACAUGUGUCAGAGGACAAGCUGUAGUGUUAGAAGAGAUGAGUAGCUUCGUAGAGGAAUGAAGAAUGCCUCCCUGGAGGCAAUGACAGUGUUCACAGCAACUCGUGGUUUGCUCCCCUCGUUGACAGCCUUGGUGGACUGCCACCCCGUGCAGCCUUCAUGGACAUUGCUCUUUGUCUCUUUAAAGUGCAGAGGGUAACAGAGCUGUGCUCGGGGCAUGAGACUAAGACGUCAGCCCCUCUGUGGUCUGGGCUGUGACAAGGAUCCCCUCGCUCUGUGGUCCGUGGCAGCGUCAUUAACCUGAGGCAGCAGAGCGCAAGCUACAGAACACGUGAGAGAGGCCGAGGAAGCAGGAUAGCCCUGGCGGUGGCAAAACUGGGUCAGGAGAAAAACAUGCUUCUAACCUCCCACGAAACUUUAUUGCUCCUUGUUUUUGUUUUACUACCCCUCCAUUUUCCAUUUAUCAUCCUCACAUCCACUGAGGCACGCUGCUCUCUCUCCUCACGGUACCCCUUCCUCCCAAACCUCGGGCAUUGUUUUGUGGAUUGCUCCUCCUUACUGUACUUGAACUCCGAUCCUUACCUUAAAGGCACCUGCAUGCCCCUGGGCUACGAGAACCACAUUCCAUCUGUCAGUUAAGGUGGAUAGGAAAAGUCAGCUGAUGUCACGGACUGUACCUGUACUAGACACUGUCAUUUCAUAGUUCCAUCCUGGUCACUAGCUGUGGUCCCUUUAUCACUACAUUUGUAUGUGACGCCACUCCCCAUGUGUGAAUUUAGUGAGAUGUGGCACCCACCUCCCACUGAGUAAGCUAAAGUAGGAUCGGCUCCUUCUCAGAUGCCCCAUUUCCAGCUCCAUUCCUGCAAGGGAGUAGUCGGACUCAGGCAGAUUACUCGGGUCCCCAAGAUUAGUGCUUUGAGCCUGGAGAAAGUAACACAGGAGAAGAGAUGUUUAUAAUCAUUUCUCAGAAGCUGAAGUGGUCCCAGGGGAGGGCCAUAGUAAGAAGGGAACUAUCUAGGGUGACAGGCUGCAGGAACAGUAUACCCAGUGGUAACAAUGUCCUGGGAGACCCACAUUUGUACAUCUCCCUUCUAGCUUUCUUUAAAUUCCUUGAGUCUCUGAGCUAGGUCCAGUAAGCUCAUUAUUCCAUGAAAUACCUUCCCCUGGAUGUAAAUACCAUGUGACCGGACAAUUCUACUCCUGAGUUAUACCCAACAGAAAUGUCUACAUAUAAUCACCAAAAGAAACACACUAGAAUGGAAUUGAACCAUUGUUCUUAGUGCCUGUGUACCAGAAAGAACCCCAGAUACCCAGGUCGAAAGGAUAAGCAAGUGAAGGUAAUUCGAUGAAAGGCCACUGUAAGGCAGGAGAAAGAGGGUCUUGGCCUCCACCCACAGUGUGCUGCGCUGCUCACAAGCCUGUGGUGACUGAGGUGAGAAAGUCCCACCACUCGAUUCUGUUCUUCUCCGGUGCAAAGCCAAGCAGGACUGAUCCCAGCUCUUGCGAGGAGGAGAGACCGGGGCUCCACCCAAAGCGGCAGUGCAGAGGUGAGACCCGGCUGGGCUUCUGGGAUGUUCUGUCUCUGGGUCUGGCUACUGGUCCCUGCAUGUGUUUAACUUGUGAGAAUCCCCCCACCUGUGCACACUUUUGGGUGCUUUUCUGUAUGUGUGUUCCACUUCAAUAAAAAGUUUGGUUGUGUGACUACCAAUCAUGAA